AAAAGGGAAACUAACAUUCCAUUGUGUGAAUAUAACAGGAACAUGGCUGGUAUCCUCCCUCUGGUGUUUCUGAUCUUUAGCCUGGGGACUUCUGUUGUGUAUUCUGGGAGCCACACGUUGAGGUUUUACAUAACUAAGCUCACAGCUCCGUACCCCGGGCUCCCGGAGUAUAUGCACAUGGCGUAUGUGGACGAUCUGCGCUUUGCCCGCUACAACAAUGAGAUCAAUCGCUGUGAGUUCUGGAUCCCAGCGCUGGGCACCCUGUAUGAACGCAUGACCAUGCAGAAGAAUUACAUGCACAAUUUUGAGAUUUCCCAUAAUCAGAAAACUAAAUUAUUAACUGAUCUUUAUAACAAGACGUCUGGUAAGGAUGCCAUUCAUGUUUACCAGACAAAGGCUGCCUGUGAGAUGCAUGAAGAUGGAACCAUUACUGCAUAUCAGGAGGUGGCAUUUGAUGGGAAGGAGCUGAUAGCCUAUGAUUAUCAGACGGAAACUUUUAUCCCUACAACACCAGAGGCUCAAACUGUCGCCCAGAUUUGGAAUGAAAAUUAUGUUAAGUUAGAAAAGGUUUUCCUGGAAAACUACUGCACUCAUCGUUUAUCGACGUAUCUCCCUGCAAUAGCAAGCGAUCUGGAGAAAUUAGUUCCCCCCAAAGUGAAGGUUUCCAGCUCAGAGUCAGAGAGCGGCACCAAACUGCACUGCCGGGUGUAUGGGUUCUACCCCCGAGAUGUGGAAGUGAAGUGGAUAAAGAAUGGGAGAGAUGAGAUUCACUCAGAGGAGGCAGCACAGAUCCUGCCAAACCCUGAUGGCACCUAUCAGAUCAGAGUCAGUGUGGGGGUAACACCAGAGGGGGGCGCCACUUACUCCUGCCAUAUAGAUCACAGCAGCUUGGAGAAGACACUGGUUGUUCCCUUUGAAUACAACAAUAGGAGCAUUUUGUACAUCAUCAUCCCCAUAUGUGGGGCACUGCUCCUCCUUAUGAUUGGCCUGGGGCUAUUUCUAUUCAGAAAGAGAAAAAAAGACCCCAAUGGCAGCUAUCAGAGUGGGAGCACGGAGACAGACAUUGAAAAUUGAACUAAAAAGAGACAGUUUGUAUUUGCUGAUGUCACUAUGGGUUGUUUGUAACCAAUAUCUGUGUGAGCUUUUCUUCUUAAAUUAUUACACACAGACAGCAUUGGUUACAACAAUUGAUGUUGAUUUAUGCUGAUUUAUGAGGGGAGAUUGAAGUUUCAGUUUUGUUAUCCCACAUGGGCACAUAAUAAUGGGCUAAUUAACCAGUUCUUAACCAAACAAGCCAAUGUCUACCCACAUGCAGAUGGACUGUAUUUUGACCAGAACACAUUUUUCAGUAAGGGAGAUGUUUAAUGAGCUAUGUCUUAUUGUACAGUGCUGUGGAAAAUGUUGGGGCUAUUUUGUCUACUUUAGCAUCGUCUAUUUUAGUAGCCAUGACAAGUAGCUGCUACUAGUAGCUCUGUGUGUCUUCACCCUAAGGUGGGAACUGCACCUUUUUACACUCUUACUCUGCACACAUGCAUACAUGUAAUUAUACAAUUAUGUAAUUAUACAUACAUAAUGCAAAGAGUCUGAACUCACAGUUUAGUCUGCAAUUUCAAUUAUAAAUCCAAAAUGACAACUUAAGGAUAGAAAACCUGCCAUUGCACAACAUGAUAGUUGAGAAGGAGGGUCUUUGUGUAGUUUACAUGAUGUGUAUUGGACGGGUGUUAUGGGAUAUGGAACAAUUAGAUAAUCUAAGAGCUUUCCAGAAAUCACCCCAUCAUCAACCAUCGCAAUGCAACUCAUUUAUGAGCCCAAGUUCAGUCUGCAGAGCAUAGGUCCCAACUAUCAAAAUGUCCUGUGGUGCCUUUAAGAGUCCCGCUCGUCUGCAGGUCUUCGCGGGUUUUCUCGGCUCAUUCCGUCACGCCAUCUUCGGAUCUUCACGACUUCUUCCGCGCGUUUGUCUUCGGCUCUUUCCGGCUCCUUCAGGUGCUUCGGCAUCUCUGCCCUUUUUGUAGUUGUCUGCAAGUCUCGCGAGAGUGAGUAUGGCACAGCAAGCCAUUUCACUUCAAAUUCAGAACAAACAGGGUGGGUGCUGGUGCUGGUGCUGCUCAG